AAUUGCACCGACCAACUGCAUGAAGACUCUUUAAGGCGAGACACACUCGCAGGAGUCACUCUCCAUGGGAAUACUACGGACAAAAAAUAUUGGAGUGGAUUUCUAUCCACUCAUGUGCCGUGGUAGAAUCACAUAGGCUUAUAGUUUUAGUUGGCAUGACCACACUUUUCUGAGUCAGCGGCUACUUGGAUGAACAAGUUCGUGAAAGAGUUAUCCAGAGUUGGAGACGCGCAUCGCGAGCUUUAUGAAGCCGAACUAUCUACCCUGCGCAAACUGCAUUACACGUUUCUGCCUCCUGUAAGUUAUCAUGUUGUCAAGAAAGGCUCUUAUUGCGGACGAUUUUGUCUUGACUCGAUUGGCAGAGGACGUCUUUCAGACAAGGUUUGAAACGAAGCAAAGGAAAGCCAGAUUCGUUGACAAGAAUGGGACUUGCAAUGUUGCUCACACGAAUAUAAGAGAACAAGGACGCUUUUUGCUGGACGUCUUUACUACUUUAGUCGACCUAAAAUGGUUACAUACUCUUUUGAUAUUUACCAUGUCAUUUCUGUGCAGUUGGUUACUGUUUGGUAUGAUUUGGUGGCUAAUUGCUUUUGCACAUGGAGACUUGGACCAGAAAGACGAUGAUUUUAUUCCGUGCGUCACGAGCAUUAAUUCUUUUGCCUCUGCUUUUCUAUUCUCAAUAGAAGUGCAAGUUACUAUCGGUUUUGGCGGGCGCAUGAUCACCGAGGAGUGCAUCUCUGCCAUUGCAGUGCUAAUUAUCCAGAAUAUAGUGGGUUUGGUGGUUAAUGCUAUUAUGUUGGGCUGCAUUUUCAUGAAGACCGCACAAGCCAACAGGCGAGCGGAGACGCUCAUUUUCAGCAAACAUGCGGUCAUAGCAAUCAGGAAUAAUAAACUAUGCUUCAUGGUUCGCGUUGGAGACCUGCGGAAAAGCAUGAUCAUCAGUGCAUCUGUCAAAAUGCAAGUAAUAAGAAAAAACACCACACCAGAGGGAGAAAUAAUUCCUCUCAAUCAAAUAGACAUUGAGUUAGAUAACUGUGCUAACGGUAUCUUCCUCGUUUCCCCUCUAAUCAUCACUCAUGUGAUUGACAAAAACAGUCCUCUGUAUGAUUUGUCAGAAUCCGACCUGGAAGACGUGGACUUAGAGGUUGUUGUGCUUUUAGAGGGAGUGGUUGAAACCACUGGUAUCACAACCCAAGCAAGAACAUCUUAUCUGUCAGAUGAGAUUUACUGGGGACAGAGAUUCGUCUCAAUUGUGACCGAAGAGGAGGGAGUAUAUGCAGUGGAUUACUCCAAAUUUGGCAACACGGUGAAGGUGCCCACGCCGAGUUGCAGUGCCAGGACAAUAGACGAAGGGGGAGUUUCCUUCCGUCUCAAAAGGGGGGAGACAUUGCGGAAUACUAUCAGACGUCGACCUCCCGGUGUUGCCCGGGAGACCAUGAACUAACCAGGACUUUUGAUGAUCAACGACGAAUGAAAGGUUUUUGUGCCAAGGCAGAACCCAGUCUCUUCCAAUUGGUGGCCUAUUUGUUGCAUGACAAAUGUUUCCCCAUUACGUUUUUUUCGCAAAUAGGCCUACUUGCACUGAUGAUCAGGGACUAAGUAUAUUUGUACCGUAUGUAGACCUAUGGAAAUUUAGGAGUGAAACCCAAUGGAAUACAGCUGAUUGCGUGUCUGAUUUCUUUGUUUUCUCUUCCAAUUUUUUUGUUGUUGUAAAAGUUAACAACUUUCAUCUGUUGAUUUACUUUGUAAGGAAACACUGAUGAUCAG